UCUCCUCAGGGCCGGGGGUCGCGGUGCCGCCGCCGGCCCCGCGCUGUGGCGGCCCCGCGCCCGGCGCCCCCCUCACCUCUGUAAGGCUGGCGAGGGAACGGGGGGUAGGGCGAGGCCGGCUGGAGGGGGGAGUGGUGCCGCUGCUCCCCCCACGAGGCUCGGUGGCAGGUUGUGAGGAACAUGGGCAUUGGCGCUGCACUUGAUGGUGGUGAUGUGUCCGUGUCUUACUUUGUUCUCCCCUGAUCAAAGCCACACAGAUGGAUUUGUUCCAGUAGCUUUCAGUUGUAUUGAGGUUUGUCCAGACCUUUGGCAGGAUGCUGGGAUUUCUGAAGAAGCCGGUUGUGGUUACUGCAGAGAUAAAUAUGAACCUCGUGGCUUUGACUGUGCUGGGAUUAAUAAGCCGUCUAUGGGGGCUUUCCUACCCACGGGCUGUAGUUUUUGAUGAAGUUUAUUACGGCCAAUUCGUUUCUCUCUACAUGAAGAGGAUCUUCUUUGUGGAUGACAGCGGCCCACCCUUGGGCCAUAUGCUGCUGGCUUUGGGAGGUUACUUAGGAGGAUUUGAUGGAAACUUCUUAUGGAACAGGAUUGGAGCUGAAUACAGCAUGAAUGUUCCUGUCUGGUCCUUGCGACUUCUGCCAGCACUGGCUGGUGCUCUCUGUGUGCCUUUAGCUUACCAGAUUUUGGUAGAACUACAGUUUUCCCACUGUUCUGCACUUGGAGCUGCUCUUCUGAUUCUCUUAGAGAACUCUUUGAUCACUCAGUCAAGGUUCAUGCUGCUGGAAUCAAUAUUGAUUUUUUUUAUCCUACUUGCAGUUUUGUCCUACCUGAAGUUCUACAAUUUGCAAAAGCACAGUUCCUUCUCUCCAAGCUGGUGGUUUUGGCUUCUGUUGACUGGAGUAGCUUGCUCUUGUGCAGUGGGAGUGAAAUACAUGGGUCUGUUUACCUAUAUGCUGCUCUUGGCCAUCGCAGGACUCCACUUCUGGCACAUGAUAGGAGACCAGAACUUCUCAAAUGUCUCCUUGAUGUGCCAUUUUCUGGCCAGGGGCCUGGCCCUCAUCGCCAUCCCAGUGACAAUGUAUCUGUCCUUCUUCUAUCUUCACUUGACUUUGCUGUAUCGCUCUGGGCCUCAUGACCAGAUCAUGACAAGUGCUUUCCAGGCCAGCUUAGAGGGUGGGCUGGCUCGAAUCACUCAGGGUCAGCCCUUAGAGGUGGCCUACGGCUCUCAGAUCACCCUGCGGAACGUGUUGGGCAAGCCCAUGCAGUGUUGGCUCCAUUCUCACACAAAUACUUACCCCAUCAGAUAUGAGAACGGCCGAGGCAGUUCCCAUCAGCAGCAGGUGACCUGCUAUCCCUUCAAGGAUGUGAACAACUGGUGGAUUGUCAAAGAUCCUGGAAUGCAGCAGCUGGUGGUGAGUAACCCCCCCAGGCCCGUCAGGCACGGCCACAUCGUGCAGCUGGUCCAUGGCAUCACGACUCGCUACCUCAACACGCACGAUGUUGCUGCCCCUCUUAGCCCCCACUCCCAAGAAGUUUCCUGCUAUAUUGAUUAUAACAUCUCCAUGCCAGCACAGAACCUCUGGAGAGUGGAGAUCCUGAAUCGGGAGUCAGACACAGAUGUGUGGAAGACAAUUCUCUCAGAAGUGAGGUUUGUUCAUGUGAACACCUCUGCAGUGCUAAAGCUGAGUGGAGCAUCGUUACCUGAGUGGGGAUACCGGCAGCUGGAGGUGGUUGGAGAGAAGCUGACUAAAGGCUACCACCAGAGCAUGGUCUGGAAUGUGGAAGAGCACAGAUAUGGGAAAAGCCAAGAGCAAAAAGAGAGAGAAGUGGAACUCCACUCUCCCACACAGAUGGACAUAAGUAAAAACCUCAGCUUCAUGGCAAAGUUCACAGAAUUGCAGUGGAAAAUGCUCACGUUAAAAAAUGAAGACACAGAACACAAGUACAGCUCCUCUGCUCUGGACUGGAUCACGAUGGACACAAAUAUUGCCUACUGGCUCCACCCCAGCUCUGGUGCCCAGAUCCACCUCCUUGGGAAUGUUGUCACCUGGGCUUCAGCUAACCUUGCUGCCCUGGCCUAUGUGUGCCUGUCCCUGUGGUACUUGAUACGACGGAGGAGAAAGAUUUAUGACAUUCCUGAAGAUGCGUGGCAGCUGUGGGUAUCAGCUGGUGGGGUCAGUGUUGGAGGCUGGGCUGUGAAUUACCUGCCCUUCUUCCUGAUGGAGAAAACACUCUUCCUGUACCACUACCUGCCAGCCCUCACCUUCCAGAUCCUCCUGAUUCCCAUCAUGCUGCAGCACCUCGGCGAUCACCUCUGCAGAUCUCUGCUUCUCAAGAGCAUGUUCAGUGCGCUGAUUGUCGCCUGGUUCUCUUCAGUUUACUUUGUGUAUUGGACCUUCAGCCCCGUGACCUACGGGCAGCCCUCGCUGCCUGCUCCUGAGCUGCAGGGCUUGCGCUGGAAGGACAGCUGGAACAUCCUCAUCCGAAAGCACUAACCCUGGCAGGCUUCUGCCAGGCAAAAGGAGAUGCCUCAAAGGCAACAAUUUACUGUUAGGGUAAUUGGGAACAGUCAGCAAAUAACUGAGUGUAGUCCAGAUCUAAUUACUACAGGGAAAAAUGGUUCCCCACAGUACUGUAGCUGUUAUGAGCAGCUCCCAGUUUCUGCCUGUUCCAGUCAUCCUUCCACUGCCCCUCUGGGUCUGAAGGUUGCUGGCUUCACUCAACAGCAUCCCAGGUCCUUGGCUGGGAAGAGGGUGCUGCAAGGGCUGCUUCUUCCUCUUUUCCCAGGAGUAUGAGGAGGACAGUGGCUUCCUCUGACACGGUGUUGCACUUUGGGCUAUUUUAUAUGUUUCCUGGCACCUUGGACUGCAAUUCCAUGUUACAAGUUAGGAGAAGUGGAUACUCCCCAACAUGUUGGAUACUUUUCUCUGUUUACAGUUCCUAAAAUCUGGGUUUUCCCAGCUCUAAAGCUUCCACAUCUUUAUCAGUAUGUGGCCCUGCAGUCUCCAGCAUCAUCCCAUGACUCCACUCCUCAGCAAUGCAGCAUUUGCCCCCACUGUCAAUGCUCAUCCCUAUUUCAUUACAGCAUUAAGCUGAGUUUAUAAAUAGUUGACCUUGCAUAGAAGGGUGACUUGUUAGUCUUAUCUAUGUAUAAUCAUUUGGCAUAACCAUAACUGUUAUGAAGCCAAGCAGAAAUAAAACAAAAUGAGGCAUUAAAAA